AUGGAACAGUGGAAAAAUCGUGUUGCUGUUGUAACUGGUGCCUCUGCAGGAAUUGGUGCUGCAAUUGCAAAGGAUCUCAUCAAAGCGGAAAUGGUGGUAAUUGGUUUAGCUAGGAGGGUAGAAAAAGUUGAAGCCCUGAAGAAUGAUUUGCCAGAGGAAUUGCGCAACAAUCUGUAUGCAGUGAGGUGCGAUGUGACCAAAGAAGAGGAUAUUGUGAAGACUUUCUCUUGGAUCGAUGCAAAGUUCAAUGGAAUUGAUGUUCUAAUCAACAAUGCUGGAGUUUUUCGUCUCACUGAGCUAAUCAAUGAGAAUAAUUCAGACAUGAUUCGCGAAGUUGUUGAUACGAAUAUUCUAAGCGUUGUGUACUGUACGCGUGAAGCUUACAAAUCAAUGGCGAAACAUGGAAGGAAUUCUCAUGUUGUUCAUAUCAAUAGUAUCGUUGGGCACAAUAUUCGGCAAGAUUUAGGAAUGGAUUCUCAGAAUAUGUACGCACCAAGUAAAUACGCUGUAACUGCAAUGACAGAGAUUCAUCGACAAGAAUUUAUUCGGAGUAAGCAUCACAUCAAGGUUUCUUCUGUGAGUCCAGGGCUUUGUAAAACAGAAAUGAUACCAAAGAUUGUUGUAGAAUUGCAUGGAGAUCAUCUCUUUCUUAAACCUGAAGAUGUUUCCAAUAGUGUCCUACACGUCCUGGGAACCCCUCCACAUGUGCAAAUUCAUGAACUCAUCGUUAAACCUUUUGGAGAACCAUUUUAA